UGCUGCACACCCACGGGAUAGGACUCAGAAAGGACAGGACGUAGCGUAUAAAAAUUGGUAAUGCGAGGUGGGAAGGAAUCCAGGAGGAGUCCCCCACCACCCCAGAUCAGAAACAAGUCAACAACCUCCCCAUCCUCCAGAGGAAGAACCUGAGCGAGACAGAGAAAGACGACGAGAACUAGCCAGCAUCGUUAGCUUGCACUAAUGGCGGCGUCUAUGGCGACUCCGGGCAUCCACUGUGCCCACAACCCAAAAUACCAGAGUAGACGUUUAUAUGCUUUUUCCUCUUCCCGCAUCAUUAGAGCUGAGCAACUGCAGCCUCAGCCUCAGCCGCAGCCACAGAACCAGCAAGCGGGUCGCAGGGAAAUAGUUCUCAGAAGCAGUGAAUUAGCAGUUCUUGGAGCCAUCUUUCACUUCAGCGGAACAAAGCCAAACUAUUUGGGGAUACAGAAGAAUCCUCCUAGCCUGGCGCUUUGUCCAGCCACCAACAAUUGUGUGUCUACUUCUGAAAAUACCAGCGAUCUCACACACUAUGCGCCGCCUUGGAACUACAAUCCUGAAGAGGGGCGCGGAAGUAUGAACCCUGUGAGUAGGGAAGUGGCCAUGCAAGAGCUUCUUGAAGUGAUAAAAUCAACAAAACCUGACAACUUCACUCCAAGAAUAGUGGAGCAGAAAGAUGAUUAUGUGCGCGUGGAAUAUGAAAGCCCUAUCAUGGGGUUUGUGGAUGAUGUCGAAUUUUGGUUCCCACCGGGCAAGAAAUCUCUUGUUCAGUAUAGAUCAGCAUCUCGUUUGGGAAAUUUUGACUUUGAUGUGAAUCGAAAAAGAAUUAAGGCCUUGAGGUUGAAAUUAGAGAAGAAAGGAUGGGCAUCAGAAGUCAGCGCUUGAGGAACUACACAGCAGAAAGAGAAAUAUUCAGCCUCUAAUGCUACAAGAUGACCAUCAACUUCAUCUAUCAGACCUGAAAUUCUUUCUGUACUGUGCCUUUCACUUGCCGAAAGCUUGAUUAAGUUUAGUUUACCUUUUAGCCUUUUAGAAGAAAAAUCCCGGUCCUGUAACUUCUUGGAGAAAAAUAAUGGUAACAUGUAAGCAUACUUUAUUGAGGUGAGGUAAUUUUAUCACACGCAACUGCAAUGAAAACAGAAUAGUUUCUUGA